GAAGCGGAAAUAAACGUCGUAAAGCUUAUGCUAGUAGCUACGUUUAGGCUCCUCGGACGGGGUGUAAGCGACAUCAGACGUACAUCGUUUGUUGCCUCAAAAGAGGAAACAGGGAGUGGAUAAUUACACGAGAGGGUUUUUGUGUGUUACGGUGGCAGCAUCGAAACGGAAUAUCUCGAGUGGCACCUCACUGUAACCUUUAUGUGAGGUCUAAGCCCUAAAGGAGCGGGUCAUAGACGGGAGGAGAGACUCGGAGAGAAGCAUCUGGCCUCAGGAGCGUGGAUAAGAGUUUUUAUUUUUUAUUCAGUCCCUGAAACACAACUACAGCCAAGCAGUUUUCCAGCACGCAACAACAACCAUGGAGGCCAUUGCCAAAUACGAUUUCAAAGCUACUGCUGAUGAUGAGCUUAGUUUCAAGCGUGGAGAAAUCCUAAAGGUAUUAAAUGAAGAGUGUGAUCAGAACUGGUACAAGGCAGAGCUAAAUGGAAAAGACGGCUUCAUCCCCAAGAAUUACAUAGAGAUGAAAGCCCAUCCGUGGUUCUUCGGGAAGAUUCCCCGGGCCAAAGCAGAGGAGAUGCUAAACAAACAGAGGCACGAUGGGGCCUUCCUCAUCAGAGAGAGCGAGAGUGCACCAGGAGACUUCUCCCUCUCUGUGAAGUUUGGAAAUGACGUCCAACACUUCAAGGUUCUUCGUGAUGGGGCUGGAAAGUAUUUCCUAUGGGUGGUGAAGUUUAACUCCCUCAACGAGCUGGUAGACUACCACCGCUCCACCUCAGUCUCUCGCAAUCAGCAAAUCUUCCUGCGAGACAUAGAGCAAGUCCCCCAGAUUGUACAGCAUCCCACAUAUGUGCAGGCGCUCUUCGACUUUGACCCCCAGGAGGAAGGGGAGCUGGGUUUCCGACGCGGCGACUUCAUCCAAGUCCUGGACAACUCUGACCCCAACUGGUGGAAAGGAGGCUGCCACGGCCUAACGGGCAUGUUCCCCCGCAACUAUGUCACGCCUGUCAAUCGGAACAUGUAAACAGUCAGACCAUGUAUACAACAACAACAACAACAACAACAACAACAACAAACCACCACCACCACAACAGCAACCACCACCACAACAGCAACCAUCACCAUAAUCAUCAUCAUCGUUCUUGAUCUCAUCAGCCCCCAUCCAACCCCCCAACCACCCCUCCACCCCUCUUCGCCAUCCCACAAUAACAGGAGCAGACAGGAAGAACGUGAACAACCGAAAGAGAGAGAGAGAUAGAGAGAGAUAAAACAGGAGUAGUGCUGUCGUAGGCGUCACUGUGUGGGUGGCAGCUGAGAAAAAUCAACUUUUACUUGUGCUGAGAAUGUUCACCUCCCUAGUGAACGCCUCGGUCAGGAUUGAACUGUCUUUGAGGGAAAUCUAAAUGCAGAGAAACUUAAGAGUAGUGCACCAACCGUGAAGAUAACCAAAUGAUUCAACCGCUCCCACAGCUGCUUCUGUCUUCUCCUUAACUUCUUAACAUUCUGCCUUUCUUUUGUUUUUGUUUUUUGUUUUUUUUGUUUUUGUUUUGCCGCAUGUUGUUUUAAUCACAUAAAUGAAAUGCCUACCGAUAAAUCCUAACUCUGUUUUAAAGAAAAACAAUUAAAAAUAUAAAAAAGAAGAAAUGGUUUUAAAAAUGUACAAAAAAGAAGAGAGAGAGAGAGAGAGGGAAAAAAAAAGAUGCAAUCUACAGUACAGCAAGUUUCCAUGUCUGAGAUCAUUGGCACGUGAGCAUUGUACAUCAGCCAUUGGCUGUAUAAAUAAAUCAACUAUAGAGAGAAUCCAUUUUUUAAGAAUAUAUAUUAUAUAUUUGUAUGUGUUUUGUCUGUUUUACCUCUCAUCACAAAUUGUAUUUUUUUCCAUUUGUAAAUUAUGUUCAAUCUUUUGUUAGUCUGGAUAAGACCUGGUAGCUCUAGAAUGUGCUGAAUUGUCAGUCAAGGUUUGUUUUUGUUUUUGUUUUGUUUUUCCUGAAUCUAUCUGAGGGCUCUCAGAUAACACAGCAUGAUAUUUAAGGGGUCAUAAAUUCCAUUCGAAGAGGAUUCUCUUGUCUAUAAUGCAAGGAAAGUAAAGUUAGUUCUUUGAGAAGAACCUAAUCCUGUCAGGAAGCUAAUGUUGACCAGCAAGUAGAGCCAUGAAUGCUGCAAGAGCUGUUGUAUUACAAAGCCCUGUAUAAAGGUCAGCCACCUUUUUCAAAGCCAAUGUAUUUAUUGCAGCCAUUUUACUUGGGCAGUGAAUGUAGCUGACUGAGUUCAUAGACAUUAACAUGAGGGAAGCAAGGUCGGAGAACUGAACUACACAAACCAUGCAAGGGAUUUUAAAAGACAUGCUGAAAUAGUAAUGUUGUCAAUAUUCAUUUAUAAAGCGAGUGAUGUAUGAGGACAUGUACAGGUAGUUAGCAUGCACAUUCACAAACAUUCAUGACAUGCAUGCAUCGGCAGACGCUCUCCUCUUUGUUAUACCUGCACGUAGCAGAGAGGCAGAGUUUGGAUAAUCACAUUGUGUAAUCACCAGUGCAGAUCUGCAGCUGGCACAGAUUAACAGUUGAGAAAACUGAGAGAUUGUCUUUUAUGCUAAAAGUUGAGAGAUCAGCGUAAAUGAUGUAAACGUUUUUUCUCUUCCUUUUUUUUUUUUUUUUUUAAUUCCCUCUUGCCUUUUGUCCAACUGGCGUGUGGUCAAGCACUUUUUUUUUGUCAAACAUUUUGAUUUCUGGUCUGGUCCCGUGUGUAUGUGUGUGUUUGUUUACUUGUGUUGUGUUUUUUUUUUGGUUUGUGUUUUUCUUGUUCUCUCUGGAUAGUGCCUUUCUCUCUGGUGUUUCAGUGUCUCCGACCUGCUACUUUGAGCCCCCUCCCUUUACGGGGCCUGCCAGUCCUGCAGUGACAAACAGUGUACAUAUUCCAACCUGUCCCAUCCAACAACUGCCCCCCCUCCCACUUCCCCUCCUACAUCAACCCGCCUUCACCUUUAUCCUCACCAACAUGGAACUCUUCUUAUUUAAGUGUCUCUCGCCUUGUCUUACCUAAUGAUACUGUUUUUUUGUUUUUGCUCUUUUUUUUAUUUGCAUUUGUUUUUUUGUUUUUUCAAUUAAUAAAAUGCAAUUAUUAAAAAAUGAGAAUAUUUUUUUGUGGUGUAUUUCAGAAGAGUCAGUCGUUGUCAGAAAGGUUGUACGUGUGCCGACCUGUGCCACCUUUAUAACUACUGUUUUCUGACUGUGUGUGUGUUUAAGGUUUAACAGUUAAAGGAACAAUCGCCUUCAUGCCGAGUGUUGAGGAGAUUAUCAUUAGUAUCUAACGUGAAAGGGACUCUACAGGUGGAGUGUAGUUAAAGGGGGACGUUGUAGCUUUUGCUCUACCGCUGUGGCCACAGUUGGUAGUUAAAGGACCAGUGUGUAAGAUUUAACGGCAACUUCCAGUGUAGUUACAGAUUGCUACUCCCUCACUUCACCCUAUCUCACGGUGGCCGCAAAAAAACACCAACGGCUCUAUCCCGAGCUAGUGUUGUUUUUGUCUGUUCUGGGCUACUGUAGAAACUCUUAGGCUCUUUCUGAGCCAACAAAAACUACUUUUCUUUUCUUGUGAUUAUACACUAAUGAAAUCAGAAUAUUCAAUUUCUACCAGUAGAUUCUCCUAAAUGUUACACACUGGACCUUUUUAAGGACAUUGAACUCUCCUUAAUUUCUGGUGAGCCUCAUUGUGUUUAUUUCCUGUUUUUACUUUUGUGAUAAAACCAUUAAAAUGUUACAUAUGUAAAUGUUAUAUGUGACAUAUAAAAAUAAUAAUAAUAUAAUAAUUAGAACAGAUAGGAGCUGUGUUGUAAGCAAACUGACUCACUUUUGUAUGUUGCACAAUAUGUAUGUGUAUAUAAAGUGUGCUAACAUUAGCCAUCAUGAGCAGUGUGACCCCUGGGUGAGGGCAAGUUUGCGUUUUAUUGCUCAUGAACUUUUCAUUUGUAGGAGGGAAAAUGUUCCUUUUUUUUCAAAUGUCUAGCUUCAACAAUACUGCUGACCUUUAGUCAAAGUUUUAGAUUCAUAAAUGCAUCUUCCCACCUUCUGAGCAGCCGGUGGUUUCUAUAAAUGUCGGUGCAAUAUGAUAAUCAGCUUGCAAACUUGGAGCUUGCUUGCGAUGAGUAAUCCAUCGCAGUAACUAUCGGGCGAGCUGUUGCCUGUUAACGCAGUUGAAAACACAGAUUGUUUUUUCAUCAGUGGAUGCUGGUUCGGUGUUUGUGGGCUGCUCAGGAAAAAACUGGGUUUUAGAGCUCCGUUCAUUUGCUCCAACCGUGUCACAAAGAGAGAACAGCUUUUCAAAUAAAUCCAUGCUUUCAGUUGUGCAUCAUGA